AUGAGUUCUAAGGCAAUUCUCUUCUUGGUUCUUAUGGCAUUGGUCCUCAUGAUUGCCUCGGAGGUCUCCGCUAGGGAUUUGGCUGAAACAAAUGCAGCUGAGACAAAUGGCUUAGAAGAGUCAAAAUACACAACAGAUGGCCAUUACGGCGGCGGUUACCGUGGUGGAGGCUACGGAAAUAUGCAGCCGAGACAAAUGGGUAUGGUGGUGGUGGUGGGCAUGGAGAAAUGGGUCCUAUCCGUGGCAAUCCCGGCGGAGGAUAUGGUGGUUGCCGAUUUGGUUGCUGUGGAAGCGGUUAUUAUGGAAAUGGUUGCGAAUGUUGCCCGUUUCCGGGACAAGGAAUGUUAG